CCGCCCCAUCCCGCUGCUCGGUUCCUCCGCUGUGCGUGCGAGAGACGUCAGGGGCGGCGCCGCAGCAGUUACCCCUGGUAACGGGGGAGGCAGGAGGAGGAGGCGGAGGAGGAGGAGGAGGGACUCGGCUUGAGGAUGGGCUUGCUCUCUAUUUUGCGCAAAUUGAAAAGUGCACCAGACCAGGAGGUGCGAAUCCUACUCCUGGGCUUGGACAACGCGGGCAAGACUACCUUGCUGAAGCAGCUCGCAUCCGAAGACAUCAGCCACAUCACACCCACACAGGGAUUUAACAUCAAAAGCGUGCAGUCACAAGGUUUUAAGCUGAAUGUAUGGGACAUUGGCGGGCAGAGGAAAAUCAGACCAUACUGGAGAAGUUAUUUUGAAAAUACUGAUAUUCUUAUCUAUGUAAUUGACAGUGCGGACAGAAAGAGAUUUGAAGAGACGGGUCAGGAACUAACAGAAUUACUGGAGGAAGAAAAGCUGAGUUGUGUGCCCGUGCUCAUCUUUGCUAACAAACAGGACCUGCUCACGGCAGCCCCAGCCUCCGAGAUCGCAGAAGGGCUAAACCUCCACACCAUCCGGGACCGCGUCUGGCAGAUCCAGUCCUGUUCAGCGCUCACAGGCGAGGGCGUCCAGGAUGGCAUGAACUGGGUCUGCAAGAAUGUCAACGCAAAGAAGAAAUAAAACGGAGGCAGGCGGAUGGUGGCGCUGGAGCUGGGAGCUGGAGUCAGCCCGAGAAACACUGGGUUGCUGCUUUCUGACCAAAUGCUUUUCUGUCUGUGCACAGCCACAGCUGUGUGGCGGGCGGGGAGGGACAGCAGCCUGAGAAGGAUCCCCAUCCAAGCAGUAGAUUUUAACUGAUCUCAGAGGCUCGGUAUCGUUUUUCAAAUAAAGGAAUUCUAUUAUUUCCUCUGCAUA